GCUAUUUUUUCGUCGUGGGGACGAGACAUCUCAUUGAAGUGGGGAAUACUGGUGAUAAGUACUGGUCAGCUCUUCCUCAGCCCUGACAUUGCAUGCGUAGUGCGUAUCAAUGCGUACGUACGUACGCGCGCGCGCGGAAGCGUCGCUGAUAGUCCCCUAAUUCCGAGCAAAGCAUUGAUCGCGACCGCGCUUUCGCAAGCGGCAGAACGCAGUAUAACGCCGGCAGUUAUCAAGGUAGUACAAGGAGUACUUGAGGUCGUUGUCUUUCUAGUGAAUGUAACCUUGAUUUUCGUCUUUAAUCAAUCUGAUUCGCUCUCAGCAUCGUGCUCACUAAACCAAUCAACCUUGUCCUUCGUUCCUUUCAUUCGAAAUAUUGCUGCAUGCAUAUAAGACGUGAUUAAAUACGAUCGUCAUUUUCAAACAGUCGCGCGCACAUUUGUUGACAUUCAUUCUCUUGAGACGAGAAUAUAGCUGUCGCAUCCCUCGUGAAGAACGGAAUUCGUCAUUCGUCAUCGGAUGAUUGGGAGAUCUGGAAGAAGAGUCAGUUGCUGGUAAAGGUCGAGUUCAGGUAUAAAUUCAAGGUAUAAAACAAGAUAUAAAUGCGAAUGGUGGCGAAUGAAGUUAGCAAUACAAUGACUGACACGGCUGAUAUGACACGAGGUCAUGGAAGCCAAAUUGAAUGGCGCUAAUCUGGUGGGAGAAGAUAUUUCUGUUAAUAAUAGCACUGAUCAGUUUGAGGAUCCUCGUUAAGAUCGGAAUUUUAACGUGGAAGAAACUGAUCGCCCCGACUUUCGGAUUUGGAAUACAUUUUCGAACACAGGGGAAAUGGGCGGUGGUAACUGGUGCAACAGAUGGUCUUGGGAAGGCAUUCGCUAAGGCACUUGCCGAAGAAGGUAUGGAUAUCGUCUUGGUCUCACGAUCCUUGUCCAAGUUGAAGGAUGUUGCUACUGAGAUCGAGCAGAAAUAUUGCGUGGAAACUCGUGUUGUGGAAGCUGAUUUAACCGAAGGCCAGAUAGUUUACGCGGAAAUUGGCAAAGCAACGCAGGACUUGGAGGUCGGUGUUCUUGUGAACAACGCUGGCGCAAGUUACGAUCAUCCUGAAAUGUUCACGAAUGUGUCAGAGGAAGUUCUCGCGAGAAUACUGCAAUUGAAUGUGGCUGGAGUAACCGGGGUCGCAAGAGCAAUUCUACCCGGUAUGCUGGAGCGAGGGAAAGGAGUACUUAUCAAUGUGAGUUCGACGUCCGCGGCUAUACCCAGUCCAUAUCUAUCCGUUUAUGCCGCUAGUAAAGCGUACAUCGAUAAACUCAGCGCAGAUUUGGCUACGGAAGCUGCGCCGAGAGGCGUCACCGUUCAAUGUAUUCUACCCGGUCCGGUUGCCACGAAGAUGUCCAAGAUCAAGAAACCAUCGUGGAUGGCACCUAGUCCAGAGACGUUCGUCAAAGCAUCAUUGAGAACAGUCGGCAUCGAAUCGCGCACGACCGGAUAUCCACCACAUUCUUUGAUCGUCGGUUUCAUGAACGCGUUGCGUUACACGUGUGAGACGGGCGCGGUGUGGCUAGUGGCGAAAACAAUGCUUAAUUUAAGGAGACGAGCCCUUUAUAAGAAAACGAAAUCCACAAUAGUGCAGGAAGCCGCGGAGGGAAACAAUUUCUAGUUGUCUCGCCCGUUUUGUAAUAUCGUUUUCUCGUUAAUGAAUAGAGCACUAGUGGCACAUAGAAAAACGUUGCAAUAAGCAUUAAGCAAUCACUCGGUCAAUCACGGUUAAGGAUGUAGGAUAAUAAUGUUUAUUUGCUUACGUUUUUCUAUGUUCCAUUUUUUAGCGUAUUUCGUCAGUUGUCCUCGAAUUGUUUUUUGUUAUGUACUACUUCGUAUUUAGUUAAAUCUUUUGAUCGUUAUUUCUUUACAUCCGAAUCUAUAAUAUAAGUAUCUGUUUCUCAAAGAUUUCUCUCUCCAAAAUAGAUAGGUUUGCAGUUUUUUUUUCCUGUUGUCUACGACAAGGCAAAUUCAUAAUGAAGGGAACAAGAUUCAUGAAAAUGAUUUUUUUGAAUGGCAUAAAUCGGACAGAGAAAUAUGCAUAUCUAUGCAUGAAGUACAUUUAGAAAUAUGAUUGUUAUCUUUUUAUCUUUUGUUAUCUUUUUAAAUUGGAAAAAUCUAUUCUUUUUUCUAAUACAUCCAUUUUUUUAUAAUAUCAAUUCAUUUAAAUAAAAUAUUUUAUUACAUAAAAUUUUUUAUUACAUCUUCUUUCUUGACGGGAAAUGCUACCGUGUAUUCUGGCGAUGAGAGAAAAAAAGAUAAAAAAUAGCGAUCCGAAAAUAUUGGAAUAUUUUUCACUGGUUGGAUUAAAAUAUAAUAUAGCUAAUUCUUUCUCAAUAAAGUAUGUUGAAAAUAAUAUGUUGAGUAAGUCUAUUAAAAGUGGAAAAAAAGGAAUAACAGAGAUAAAAGGGCUCGAGAGAAUAACAAAUUUUUGGAAUAAAAGGACUCAUCUUUUAUGUAAGCUUUCAUUAUCAUUGAUUAAUGAUAAUGAAAUCAUUGCUUUAAACUUCUUAUAGAUUAUAUUAGUUUUUAAAGUCUAGAAAAAAACACCUCAAUAUAUUUUGUACCUAUAUAUUUUCAGUGAUUGCGAAUAAAAUAGUUACACAUAACUAAUAAUAGGUUUUUAAUUUAUAUUAAAAUAAUGCGUGAAAUUUUAGAAAACAUGAUUCGAGUACACAAAACUCUUUCGUAGCAAUGUUGCGCUCUUGCAUGCUGCAAUAUUGCAAGAAACAUUACAGGAGAAAGAUAUAUAGAAAGAUAUAUGCAAAAACUUUCAACAAAAUUGCGGCAAGAAUAUGAUCAAAUCGUUCACUAAUUAUAAAUUCCGAAUGCCUUUCCUAAAUCUUUUCUAUUAAAAAUUUCUCUAAUCUCUUAAAAAAUUUUUCUUUAAAUCUACUGUGCCAAAUUUCUCCUAAAUCUUACAACUUAUUAUACAACUUAUUAUAACAAUAAACCAUCGACCGGCUAAGAUAAAAAAAUAAUCGAGCGUUUAAAGGCCUGCUAUUUUUUGGAUUUGUUUCAGAAAACUCAAUUGUCACGUAACAGAUAGCAAAUAAAACGAAUUAUCGAUU